AUGCGACACAGCUCGAUUUCUCAACAAGUGGCUUAUCAAUUAACAGUUAUGAAUUUCCUCGUAAUUAUCCUGAUUCUGAGCUUCGGCUAUCUUCACGCACAAUCGGAUGACAGAGGCAUAUGCAUUGUUUGGGGUGAUCCUCAUCUUACUGGGUUUCCCACUAGCCAACUACAAGCAAGCUUUCGAUCAAGUUAUUGGUGUCGAUGGUCCGGCCGCAUGCUCAUAUUAAAAAAUGAAUUUAUUGAGUUUUAUGUCAAUGUAACCGAACAUCCAUUUUGGAAUGAAUAUUACGAAAUCACACUACUCUACAAUGAAACAAAACUAUGUACAAUAACACCAGAUGGGGAGAAUUGUCCUCGUGAUUUUGUACAAGUUACUCAAAUUCGUGACCCAAAAGGUACCACGCAAAUAAUUUACACCGCAGCAGAUGAUAUGGAUAUUUCCGUCAAUUCUUAUUGGAAUAAUGGUCGACUUGUUUAUAACAUUGAUAUAGUGCAGAGCAUCCGCUUAAUUCUCAGAUCAUCAGGUCUAUGUGUCACACGUCUACCACAGUGUACGCUCGAAAGCUCAGGAAGACGAGCACGUUCUACAAGUGACACAGUAGUUUAUGAAGCAUGUGAUCUGUUCAUUAGUGAAGCAAAUAAAACCGCCAAAAAACUUACUGGUCAAAAUGCUGGUCAAUUAGUUACUCAUGCUCGUGAAGCAUGUGUUACUGAUAUGCUGGUAACAAAUGAUGUAUCAUGGGGCGGAAGCGCAGCAUGGUUCGUGCUUACUGACAAUAUUCGACAAGCGAAUCUGUCUUCUAGCGAACGGAGAGAACUGAUGGCGCAAAUUUCUGAUAGUGUUCAACUAACUGUAGCAGUAGCUAAACCAAAAGCUGAGCUCGUAAUGGGAAUCACAACUGCAACUGGUGUGUCUGAGACGACAGAAUCUACAAGAAAUGUGUCCACGACAGUUUCCUCAUCCAAUACAACAAAAUUCGUAACCUAUACAUCAACAGAAUCUACAAGAAAUGUGUCCACGACAGUUUCCUCAUCCAAUACAACAAAAUUCGUAACCUAUACAUCAACAGAAUCUACAAGAAAUGUGUCCACGACAGUUUCCUCAUCCAAUACAACAAAAUUCGUAACCUAUACAUCAACAGAAUCUACAAGAAAUGUGUCCACGACAAUUUCCUCAUCCAAUACAACAAAAUUCGUAACCUAUACAUCAACAAUACCCUUUUCAUCCAGCACAAAUAAACUCCAAGUCGAGUUCACCUUUUUAUCUUUAAUAUCACUGACUACAUUUUACUGA